AUGCAGGCGGUAGCCUUCAAACACAAGAGACGGGGAUCCUCAGGCAAUAAAGAAGCUGCAGAUGACCCUAACUAUGAGAAUAUCACCUUUACCUUCAAAAACCAGAACCAGCCAAAGGGCAGUCAUUCACCACCCAACAAUAAGGGGCCAGCCGAGUCCAGGCCACCCUCGGACACUGCCCAGGAACACCACUGGUUGCCUAAAGCCAUGAUGAGUCUGAACACAGUCUUGACUCUGUCCUGCAUGGUCCUCUUAGCGCUGGUCCUGGUGAAGAAUUUCGAGGUGUCCAGGGAGCUGGUGGUCUUGAAAGAGGUGCUCUGGAAAGGUGAGAGGAAGAGCUGGGUCGGGGUUGGGAGAGUAGGGGGAGCGAAGGCGCCACUGACAACUCCAAUCCACACCCUCAUCUCCAUUUCAGUGCAAAGGUACCAAGAAGAGCAGAAGACUCAGUGGGCCACUGUGAAGCAGAACAUCACGGCAGCCAAGCAGAGCCUGGACACAAUCAAGAGGAGCAUCCAAGAUGGGAACCUGAAACAGAGGCAGCUGGCUACAGUCGAGUUCCACGGACACGCGCGCCCCCCUGCGGCCACUCUCCGGAAUCGCCGAGCGCGUCCUGCCCACAUGCCCGUCCCGUCGCUGCGCCUGCGCACGCCCCCUUUUACGGCGCCGUAA